AUGCACGACAGAUACAUACAUAUAGCACAACUUGGGUGCGCCUUCCAGUGGUUUGCGAGGGAGCGCGACGUACAGCGAGACGCUUCCGCGGAGACGUCGUACGGCAUUCCCAAGAACAUCGCUACAGUCAUCAGAGAGAUAGUCUGGGAGGAAGACGCGCUCGGUAUCGACGUCAGAAGCCACCUGUAUAAGGAGGCAGACGACCCCGUCGAGAGCGCCGAGCCCCGCCCUGACCCCGUGGUGCCGAAGCCCAUCUCAGACUCUGGAAGUUCCAGCCCCAGCGACACAGCAGACUCUCCAAUUGAAAAUGAGCCCGAACAAUACGUGGAGUUUGACGCCGAUGACAGCAUUGGGAGCCAUUUCGCGCCCUUCACGUAUUGGAAGGUGGAAUCCGGGCCGCAUGUGUCGUACACGCUGAAUCCGCUGUAUUCCAAAAGGCGAGCAAAUGCGAUCACUCUACUAGAGGAUGCCGAGGCGUUUGUGGCCACUUCUAUAUGGGGUAAUAAAAACACGCACAAAAUGCACCAGGCACCACGGCACCUCCUGGUGCAGGCCGCACAGGUCGCUUCGCGCGCUUUCUUUGACCCAGACUAUCGCGAUUACCUACAAUCGUCGCACGCAUCAUGA